AGGAUCGACAUGGCACGACGUACUUGAUCAGACAAUACGAACUCCUUGACGACUACCGACCACUCGUCGGGACCUUUUGAUCGACCGAGCGAGUCUCGAAAGAAAAGGUCGCUUUCCUCAUCAUCCCGUCAAGAGACACCUUUGACGUCACCGUCAGUCUCUCAACAACCUACACCACCGAGGCUCUGUGUCGAGAGGGGGAUUCUUCCAUCAAGAUCCGGGCUAGAGCGAUAGGCGUCCGAGAGAGUGCCUGACCGGUCAAUGACCCAACCAGUUCAGGCUGGGAUCUACGCAAGACCACCCUCGACAGUUCAGCAGGUCCCCCCUUCACCAUCGACCUUGCGAUCACAGCAACAUAACCAGAAUCAAUAUUACGACCCUUCUACUGUCUACGCUGCCACGAGACACACCGCAGCGACGCCUGUCCCUCACCAGGCUCCGACACCCAUCACUGGCGUCUCAGCUGAGAACGUCCCGCCCUCCACUCCUCAUCGUCAACCGACACCUCGACAGACUCCUUCACAGCACAUGAAUGCCCUACAUCCGCAACCCGUACCGGGUCAAGCAUCAAUGAUGCAGACCAGUGCACCUCCAGGAUAUACGCCGACCCAACAACAACGGUUCGCGAUGAUGCAGCAGCAGCAACAGCAGCAGCAGCAGCAGCAGCAGCAGCAGCUUCAACAGCAACAUCCGGGCAUGCAACAACAGAUGCAGCAUCACGCUCAGUUGCAGCAGCAGCAACAGCAACAGCAACAGCAACAGAUGGCCGCACACCAUCAGCAACAACAGCAUCAAGCUCAGCUGGCUCACCAUCAGCAGCAGCAACAGCAGACGCAAGCCCCAGGUCAAGGGCAGGUUCAACCGGCUCAAGCACAAGUUCGACCGAGUCAGACCCCAAAGCUCGGUCAACCUACCGGGGGAAACCAUACGAUGGUCAACGGGAACAUCAAUGCGGUAGCCGGGCCAUCGAAUCAGGCGUAUCAGACGCCUCAACCCAGCGCUCAAGGGCAGUUGCCGAACGGGUAUGCGCAGGGAAGCGGAGAGUACGAGCAGCAGCGUCAAGCUCAGCAGCAGCAAGUGGGUCAGCAGGGUCAUACUCAAAAUCAAGCUCAAGCUCAGGCGCAAGCUCAAGCUCAAGCACAGGCUCAAGCCCAGGCUCAUGCGCAGGCUCAAGCCCAGGCUCAGCACGCUCAGGCGAUGCAGCAGAUGGGUAUGGGGAUGGCGAUGAACAUGAACAUGACGCCCCAGCAACGGUCGACCAUGCUUCGUCAGGCGCAACAACAGCAGCAACAAGCGGGGCAACAACAACAACAAGCUCUCGCCUUGGCUCAGGCGGCCCAACAGCAACAGACGCCGCUACAGGCUCAACAUACUGGCCAGCAGCAGCAAACGCCUAUGCAGCAAAACGGGCCGACGCAUGGAAUGCCACAUCAGACGCCGGGACUUGCUGGAUAUGGGGUAGCGGGGUCGGCACAUGGUAGCGUGGAUGACGAUAGGUGGAAUGGGGAUCAUAUGUUACACCUGUACAUCCAUGACUACCUGUCAAAGCGAAACUUUACCGGAGCAGCCCAAGCGCUGAACGAGGAGGCUAGCUUGGGCAACCAGACCGUCGUACCGGUAGAUGCACCUCAGGGGCUCUUAUACGAGUGGUGGAGCGUGUUCUGGGAUGUGUUUUCGGCGGGAAAUCCUGGCAAGGCCGGACAGCCCACGGCUGAUGCGCAGGCUUACAUCGAGGCACAGGUGCGGAACAAGGUACUGCAACAGCAGCAGCAGCAACAUGCUUUGGGCAUGGGUCGGCCAGGUCAACCCAUGACUGCCCAGAUGGCGCAUGCUAUUCGUCAAGCGUCAGCCCAGUCCCAAGGCGGCUUCGUGCAUCCGAACGGUGUGACGGGUUACCCGCAGGGAAUGACGCCUCAACAGCAACAAUACCUCCAGCAUCAGCAGCUCUUGGCCCAGCAGCAACAGCAACAACAGCAGCAACAGAACGCGAGCAUCGCAAGACCUGCCUCCGCUGCACCUCAACUUCAGCAGCCAGGACAAGGUCCUACGGCCUUGCAGCAACGGUACAUAUCGCAGCAACAAAGCCAGAGUCCGGCUUCGCCUGCGAUGACGGCUCGAUCUGGCGUCAUGGCAUCGCAACUGCCGUCCAGACAGCAGUCGUUACCCGUUGGAGCAGAAGGUGCCCAGCAGAACGGACAGUAUUACCCACCCGGUACGGUGCAACAUAUGCAACAGCAACAAGCCAACGCUCAACAGCAGCAGCAACAGCAAAGCACCCAGACGGCUCCCUCGCCUCAUCUCGGUGCUCAGCAGAUGCAGCAGCAAAAGAUGUUGGCCGCCCGAAACCCGAAUGGGAGUGCCAAUCGAGCGACUACACCGCUACAACAGCAGCAGAUGCAGCCUGGACAGGCAGGGUACCCUCAGGCUGGUCCCGGUCCGAUGCAGGGCCAAGUACCGGCGACGCCACAGACCAUGCAGCUACAAGCCGAACAGAGAGCUCGCCUCGCUGCUCAACAGCAGCAGGCACAGCAACAAAUACCGAAUGCUCAGCAGCAGCAGUUUAUGCAGCAGCAGCAACAGCAGCAACAGCGGCAUUUGCAGGCUCAACAACAGCAACAACAACAGCAGCAAGCGGCGCAACAGGCUCAAAAUCAGCAGGCAAUGCAGAUGCAGAUGGACGCGCGGUUCCAGAUGUUCGGGUACGGCAGCAUCAACAUCCCUCUCAUGGUCCAAGCUCUUAGCGCGUGUAAUAUGGAAUCGCGCAGUACCGAGAACAUGAGUCCCGUCGAAAGGGAUCGACUCAAGCAUACCUAUCACACCUUUCUCGUGCGUCAUGCCCAGGCUCAGAGUGCCAUGGCCCAGAAUCCGGGUCAGCAACAGGGCGGCAUGAAUGCUCGGCAGGUCCCGCAGGGCUUCGCACAACCCGGCCAAGAGGGGGCGACGGCUAUGAAGAGGCCGAAUGGGAUGCAGAUGACUCCUCAAAUGACGGGACAGAACCAGGCGCAACUACAGCAGAAGAUCGCGGCAUGUCUCCUCCUGAUCGCAAACGGAUGCGUCGUAACUCUGGUAGUGCCGCGGCCAGUCCGUUUGGCGCGCAACCGGAGACUCCUCAUCAGCAGACACCGCAUCAAGGCAAUCUUCCGUUCAACCAAGCCAUGGCUGUGCAGACGCAAAAUCAGAACAUGGCACAAGCAUCGCUCCAAGCACAGCAACACGCCCAACAGAUGCAGCAGCAGCAAAUGAUGCAAGCUCAUAUGGCCCACAACCAGCAGUCGCAGCCUCCAACCCCUCAAUCCGUGAACGGACAGCAAGACGAACAGAGCAUGCGUCAGUAUCAGCACCGGGUGCGGGAGCAGCAGUUGGCCGCAAUGAGAGCCAUCAAGUCGAACGAUCACUUUUCUCCGAGCAACCAGAGCAAUGGAUCGGUGCAACCGCCCA